AGUCACGUGCUUACGUCACGUGUCUUCUAAGCAAAUAGCCAAAGCGAACGGUGGUAAACAAAAUAAAGAGACAGGGCGGUGACAAAUGUAAAAAUCACCUCCAAUCCUUUCCGAUUCCCGUCACCGUCGCCGAUCAUGGAGGAACAUCAUUGCUGCUUUUACUCCAAGAUGCUCUCAAGAUUCAGCAUCGGUUCAUUCGUGCUUAGUUUGGUGAUAGUUCUAGUUGUCCGUGUGCUGUAUGUUUUGUACCGCUGUGGCAAACCCUUUCCCAAAGGAGCUUCACCCUCGUUUACUACUCUGAUUGUUCUUGGUUCUGGGGGACACACGGCGGAGAUGUUGAGUCUCCUCUCUGUUUUGCGCAUGGACAGAUUCACACCAAGGUUUUACAUUGCUGCAGCUACUGAUAACAUGAGUCUCCACAAAGCUCGUUCCUUUGAAGAUUCUCUACUACCUGACAAGCCUGCUGUUAAGGAAGACGUCUCCUUACAGUUCACGCAAAUUUACCGGAGUCGAGAAGUUGGUCAGUCUUAUGUUACUUCUGUUUGGACUACCAUUCUUGCUACACUUCACGCUCUCUGGCUAAUGAUCCGGAUCAGACCCCAAGUGAUUCUUUGCAAUGGUCCUGGGACAUGUAUUCCUCUCUGUGUGAUCGCUUUCUUGUUCAAGGUGCUGGGAAUCAGAUGGUCAUCGAUCUUCUAUGUUGAGAGUGUAGCAAGAGUUAAGAAGCUCUCGUUAAGUGGUUUGCUGCUUUACAAGUUAAGGAUAGCUGAUCAGUUCUUUGUUCAAUGGCCACAACUGCAAAACAAGUAUCCUCGGGCUCACUAUGUUGGUUGCCUGAUGUAAGCUGAAUUUUUGGGAACUAUCCUUAUACAUAGAUUUGCAUUACAAUAACUUAGAAUAGCUACAAAGUUUUACACAGUGUUGAAAUACAUUUUUCGUAAUACGACUCAUCUUUUUGGUUGCUC